AUGUCAUUACGAUUGAUAAAUUUCGGGGGAGGAGGAGUUCAACGAGCGAGCAACAAGCACGUCACUGACGACUUGACGUCAAACGAACAACAACAAUCAAUUUGCGAUCCUCAUUCUUCUUGUUCAUUCGUCGUAUUCACAAGUAAUAAUACUAAAACCAACAACAAUAAUAGUAUCAAUCGUCGUCGUUGGAAUAGUACUGAGCCAGUAGUAGAAUUCGGGCAAGACCUUGCUCAUCAUCAACAACCAUCACCACCACAACAACAACACUUAUCAAUUCCAAGAAUUCGAAGAGAUUUUAGAAAUUCUUCUUCUUCGGAACCACAACAACAAGAACAACAACAACAACCUGAUGAUGGACUUUAUCUUCAUGAUGACCCUUUCAGUUCUAGCAAAAGCCUUUGGACGAUGAAAAUAAAUGAAUAUCCGCUUGAUGGUUCUUGGAAGGCUUCUUCAUCCUCCCUCUCAACAAGAACAACCACCACCACUUCUACUCCUCCUCCUCAAUUCAAUAUCAAUUUCUUCUUUAGAAUUCUGAUUGUAGAAGCAGCAAGAACCAUGUUAGGUUCAAAGACAACAACCAUUGCAAGGAUGAUGAUGAGGCGGAUCCUUCAUUCCUACUAUUUUAAAUUCUUCUUGAUUUUGAUGAUCCUUUCUCAAUUUGGCAAUAUCGUUGUGUUUGCAGCAUCUUCACCAAAAUACAGCAUUUCUCGAUUUCAUAGUGAGCUCAAAUUGACUGAUUCGAAUCAAUGUAUUGUUGAGGUGAAUGAAAUUGUGACCUAUUUAUUUGCUGAGCCAACAAGGAAAAUUUAUCGAUCCAUUCCCACCAAUUUACCGUAUGGCUAUGCAAGAAUGGUUGGAGAAAUCGAUGUCACUUCCAUGUCUGAUUCUAUGAAAAUAUCUGAUGUUUUGUAUUUGAAAUCAGGAGAUGGUAUGAAACAAAUUGUAGUGUCACUCACAAAUCCAACUUCUGAUAUUGAGACCACACAAGUGACUUUACAAUACAAGUACUUGAUGAAUGGACCUCUCUUUGUGAGUCACAACAUUACAAGAGUUGCUUGGUCGGUUGGAUACGAGGACGCACAAAGUAUUAGCAAUAUUGAAAUUUCUGUUAAAUUCCCAACGAGCAUGUUCUCCAAGAUUUCUUCCUCUCUUAAAGGAUUUAAAGUGAAACAAGAUGGACCUGAAACCACAGCGACCUUCCCAACAAGUUCAAUUACGAGUCCUGCAGGCUCCUAUCGACCCAUGUUCACUGCCAAUAAUUUAUUAUUUGACACUUGUCAAACCUAUUGGUAUACCAAUCGUCCAUUGCUCACAAUUUUUGGCUUUUAUGGAAUUACAUUGGCCAUCAUGUUUGUUUGUUUGGCUGUAAAAAUUAUUCAUGACAAUAUUGAAAGUUACAAAUUAGAAAAGGCCAUGGAAAGAGAACGUCAUUUAAGAUAUGCUCGUCACAAAUUACACGAAGAGACAUAUGAUUCAAAUUCAGAUCAUGAUGAACAUUAUACAUUCCUGGGUCGAGAAAAGAAACAUGCAUUUGAUAAUUUGUAA